AUGCCGCUAUCUUACGAGCGUUAUAUGAACCUCGUGCUCCAUCUGGACUCUGCCUUGGAGCCGGUGCCGCAGGAAAUCUCCCGAAAAAUCGUCUCUGGAGCGGUAUCGCCCGUAGUUACAGUGACUUCCAAUGAGGUUUUAGACCAACAUAUACAAGACAGCUAUGGGUUUGAUAGCUUAUAUAUGCUUCUGCGGCAUUUCGGAGACUGUGUUUCGGACCGCGAUCAAGCUGAAAGCGACAUUGUAGAAGAUGAGCAAGAGGCAUCAAAUCUGAAUCCAAAUGUCGUAACGAGAGGUAGAACACGAUCCAAUAGCCUAUUCCAAAGAUCUUCUUCGCAGUUUUUGCGCUUCACAAGGCCAUUGACAGAUUUGAUUGGGACCAGAGAGUCCCAUGAUUUACUCUUCGAUUACCAUUCGCUUGAGGUAUUCUUACAACAAUAUCUCAGCCUCGUCGAACAGAAAACCACAGCAAAUACCCCUCACGUUUUGUUACAACAUUCCUUGUACCACAAAUUCUUCACCACUGCGAUAUCCUCUACCUCCCACCUUUCUCCGUAUGAAUCUUUCAAUCAUCCAGUCGCAUCACUACUGGCGUUGGAUAUUUCAAAAGAUCAAAACUAUGAAGAUGCGCGGGAUCUUCUCAUCGCAUUCAAAAAUAUGCAUAACAAUACACCACACUUUCCAGCCUUCAUAAACAUCAAUGACGUUCUCCCUGUGUUCCUCCUGUGUUUUCAAGAGAACUCUCGUGAACAAUUUGAAGCGUGUCAAUCAUUGGCCAAGAUGCUUAAAAAGCAGCUUUUCGUUGAAAGUAUUCUACUGCCGUGUUGGAAUGAGAACAAGGAAACAGUCAGUUGCAUUUUACAUCAACCUGUCAUGUCUUCGCUCGAGGAAACCAUGUUGUCAAUGAUGAAAAAUGACCAAUAUGAACUCCCACUUCCGUUGAUCAAUAAUAUAUAUGACCGGCUGACUACGUUCACUGAAGAACUUAUGAUCCCAUUUAUGAAACGAAAAAUCUCAUUCUGGGAAGAAACAAUCCUACAACCGCGUAAAUCCAUUUUUCCCAAUUCCAAGUUUUUCAGGAAGCUCAUGGCCAAAAGUCCUACUCCCUCAACAAACAAUGAUUCUGCUACACAUAACUCACAGGGUCUUGCAUAUUUUGCCGCAACAUCGAACGAAUUUCUGCUGAGAAAAUUGGCCGAUUGGUCCUUCAUGCUAUCUGAUUUCAAAACUGCGUAUUCAACUUAUGAUUUGCUUUCGAAGGAUUUCGAAGUUCACCCCGAAUAUUUGGCGCCUUGCUUAGAGUGGUGCGCCUUGUCAGUUCUGAUGGGUGCUCAAAGCAUAGUUACAGUAAAAAUGAUUAAAAACGAUAUCGAUCCUCUAAUAGUUAGAGCGUUGAAAUCGUACGAGCUAUCUGCUUGCAGAGCCAAGGAAAGAAAUAAUAUUCUCAAGAGCAAAAGUCUUCCGUCCGGCUCUAAGGAAUCCAUUAAUGCAACUGGAUCAGAUAAGAAUGCUCUAUCUGAUAAUACAUCUGCAGAAGUUGCCACUUCGAACCCACACCAGUCGGCACAAAGCUAUGAAACGAGGUGCAUGCUUUUGGCUGCCGAACUCUUUUUGAGCCUGAGUGAUACGUGGACUGCUACUCCGUACGCCAUCAAGUACCUGGAGACCAUCUUGAACGAGUGCUCCAUAGGGUCACUCUCAGAAAUUGUCAUUUGGGAAAGGCUUGCGCAUUGUUAUGCCUUGCGAGUGGAUCCCCGAAUCAAAGGAAAGGUGUCUUCCUUAGAAAACCGAGGGCUUGAUGAACCUGAGAAAGCACCCGAAGAAGCGUACGAAUCUGACGUUGAGUCUGACGACGACAAUCAGCCGUACGAGCACAAAAUUCAACAAGACUGCAUAGCAUCAAUUGGACUAACAAGGAAACGUAAGUCAACGCUUUUUCGACUCAUAGCUGCCAAAAAAUGGGUGGAAGCUAAACAAUGGAGACAAGCCUGGUGGACCUACAAGGAUGUGGAAGCAAUGUAUGCCAAUUUAAAUUUUGCACACCGAAAAGGUACGAUUUUAGAAAGACUGCGAAAGGACAUUCAGGCUCAUGAGACCUGA